CAGUUAAAUCACUACAGUAAUCCAGAAUGCGACAUUAAGAACUUUAAAUGGAGACAUUAUACAGUGUUCUUGGCUUUGAGUGGAUAGAUGGAAGGAGCAUUUUAAUAUUUCUCUGUGUUUUCCUGCUGUUGUCUGAUAUUUGGAAGAACAGAGUGCCGAAAAACUUCCCACCUGGACCGUGGGCUCUCCCGCUUCUCGGUGACAUUCAUCGCAUCAGGCCUGACAGAAUACACCUGCAGUUCAGAGAGUUUGCAAAGAAAUAUGGAAACAUUUUCACCAUCAGACUCUUUGGUGGAAGAACCGUGGUCAUUAAUAGCUACAAGUUUGUGAAAGAAGCCCUGGUCCAGCAAGGAGACGAUUUCAUAGAUCGACCCACCGUACCACUGUUUGAAGAUUUAUUUGGGAAUGAAGGUCUUGUGGGUUCAAAUGGUUAUCCAUGGAAGCAACAGAGGAGAUUUGCUCUUCAUACACUCAGAAACUUUGGUCUGGGCAGGAAGACUCUGGAGUUAUACAUCCAGCAGGAGUGCCAGUAUCUCUCAGAGGCUUUCACAGAACACCAAGGAAAGCCCUUUAAUGUCCAGCUACUGAUAAAUAAUGCUGUGUCGAAUAUCAUCUGCUGUUUGGUGUUUGGGAAUCGAUUUGAGUACACUGACCGGCAGUACCAGUCUAUUCUUCAUAAUUUCAACGAAAGAUUGCGCUUACAGGGAAGCAUAUCGAUACAGAUGUACAACAUAAUUCCCUGGCUGAUGAAGUGGUUACCUGGACCUCAUAAGACAAUGUUCACUCUGACACAAGAGGUAAAGGACUUUAUAGAAAUCAGGAUCAAAGACCACAAAGAAACCCUUAACCAAGCGUCACCGAGAGACUAUAUUGAUGCCUUUCUUAUAGAAAUGACAAAGAACGAGGGCAAAGAUUCAAGUUUUUCUCUCAGUACCUUACAUGCUUGCACCAUGGACCUGUUUUUUGCUGGAACUGAAACUACUACCACUACUUUACGUUGGGGGUUGCUUUACAUGAUCUACUACCCUGAUAUACAAGAGAGAGUUCAAGCUGAGAUUGAUGCUGUGGUUGGUUCGUCCAGACAGCCCUCUGUGAGUGACCGAGAAAACAUGCCCUAUACUGAUGCUGUCAUUCAUGAGAUUCAGAGAAUGGCCAACAUCAUUCCUCUCAAUGUGCUUCAUAUGACAGUCAAGGAAACUACAGUGGAUAAAUACACAAUCCCAAAGGGUACCAUGAUCGUGGCUACUCUGGACUCAGUCUUACAUGAUGAGUCAGUGUGGGAAACUCCACACUCUUUAAACCCUCAACACUUUCUGGACAAGGAUGGUAAAUUUCGCAAGAGAGAUGCUUUCCUUCCAUUUUCUGCAGGCAAGCGUGUGUGUCUUGGAGAACAGCUGGCCAGGAUGGAGUUGUUUUUGUUUUUCACCUCCCUCCUUCAGAGGUUUUCUCUUUCGCCACCUACUGGAGAGCAGCCCAGUCUGGAGUUCCAGUUGGGAGCCGCACGCUGUCCCAAACCUUACCGCCUCUGUGCUGUACCACGUUAAACCAUCAACUAUGACAAAACUGAAAUUGUCUGAUACUCAGUUUGAUGAAUCAAUGUCCUCCAUCAUAUUUGUCAUAUGAAGCAUUAUCUAUACCUGCUAAAUUCUUCUCACCAUGGAGACCUUUUAAAGGAACCAUUCCAUCCAUUGUAUUAAAACAAAUAAAAAUCUGAAUAUUUACAAUAUUAAAUUACAACUUUUUAAGAGAUCACAUUCCACUGCAUAUGCAUGAUAAUCGCUGUCAUAAGCAAACAUUUACAAGGACUUCAGUAAAGACAAUAAG